GUGGAAACAGACUGGUGACUAAUGUUUUGAAAACCGCUUGUCAGUUGAGCUAUGGGCGCAGAUUGUCGUUUGCCGUCGAAACGACGACGGUAAUCUGUUUGCUGUAUAGGAAUUGCUGUUUUUCAGUGUGAAAAUUUCAUGAAUCUUCACCACCAUGUCAGGUAGUGAGCAAGAAGGUAAAGGGGAGGCCAAGAUGGUUUCGAUUCCCUUGUCAUCCGAUGAUGAGACAUCACUCGGUUAGUAUCUCUACUUGAAAGAAGUUGAGAUUUUUCAAGCUUCGUGUAAAACCUUUCAUCCUUCUUUUUAGAUAUUUUAAAGCAAAGUUCGCUUGCUUUACAAGUAAUGAAAUAUUCGGGAUGUUUACGGGUUUAUCGAGGUCCGUACGUACUGAUGCAGUGAUUGAAAAUGAUCGCAAUCUCGCAAGAAGCCUAAUUAACGUGAAUCUGUUCCCUUCACAUAUUAAGUAAUUUGUCGUCCUCUGAAUUUUUGUAUUAUUGUGUCGUUGUUAUUCAGGGUAAGUCAUUGAUCAAUUGAUGAAAGGCAAAAAAGGGUGGAAAAAAGCUUGAACUAAUUGCGCACAAUAGUCAUCACCUAAAGGAUAUUUGGAUUCAUUUAUACAAAAAAUAUUUUAGAUGUGGGUGCUCUCUCGUGUAUGCUGUAUCAUCAAGGUUAUCUUAAUUACAACUUGUAGUAAAUGUUUUGGAGUUUCAAGGGCAGUUGAGUAUGAUUUACUUCUCUGAAAACUGGGUCAAGAAGACUGAUUCUGAGGCUGAUUAAAGAGAAUCAUUGGAUGGACUUCUCUUUGGCAAGACGUCAUCUUGAGUCUUUCAGUGUUAUUUUUUUCUCUCAGUGGCAUAUAGAGGUGUAACCCAAGAUCUAUUUGUAUAUUCUCCCAUCUAGCUGCCACACAGUUCCUAGCAAAUUAGUUAUGAGAACUGGUUGUAACAUAUAGAUCAAGAUAACAAACUCUGCUUGAUAUAAGUUUGAGUAUUCUCGUUAACUCUUUGCUGGAUAAUGUAUGGAUAUUGUAGGGAGAAGUUACUUCUUAAUCACUAAUAGGAGUUAAAGUGUUAUCAACAAACUAGAGCAGGGAAGACAGGGGAGGUGAUAUCCAAUCAAUUACAAGUGGAGGAGGAUCUCUUAUCCUUUUUCGGCAAAGCAUGAGUGUGUUUUUUAAUUUAUUUACAUAUAAUUGUUGUUUUUUUCUUUCUGUAAAGUGCAUUUUACAAUUUGCCCAUACUAACUAUAUGAGAUUGUGAUCACAUUUAUUUUGUAAGAAUGUGAUAUAAAUUACAGCAUAUUUUCUUUGUAUUUGAUAAUUUUAAUAAUUAUUAUGAAACUGAUUUUUUUUUGUGGUUCGUCUUUGACUAGGGACAAGCAGUCAUUAUCCAAAUCAACCAAGCUACAAUUCUAAGGAAGGAAGAGAAGGUGGUGCCUUACAAGGUAAAAGUCUACCUUGCAGGUUGAACACCUUUGAAAGUUCUAGCUUUGGAAAUUUUGGGAUUUAAUGUCCUCAAACUGAUACUGGUGUUGCCUUAACCCUUUCACUCCCAAGAUCUAAUUGGUAAUUCUCCGUACUAUCUGCCAUACAAUUCUCAUGAUGUUAGUUCAGAGAAUUUGGUAUUGGAUCAACUAAUCAUCCCAUGAUUGACAUUCUUCUCUAUUCUCAUCACUUGCCUGCUUGAUAUUGUAUUGAUAUUGUAAGGAGAAAUUCUGUCUUGGUCACUUGUGGGAGUGAAAGGGUUAAAGUUCUAUCAGUAUUUAAGCUUCCCACUGAAAUUUGUUUGUCUAUUCCAAUCUUCAACCCUUUUCAGUUUAACCCUAAUUACACCCUAACAUCAGUAUUCUAUAUUCUCUAUUGUUAUCUCAUGAUCUUAACAAACGAUUCAGCAGUAUUACUCUUAGGAGAAGUUAGAUACUAGCCACUCUUAACCUUUUAACUCCCAUGAGUGAUCAAGAAUAAUUUCCCCUUACUUUCCACUGUACUAUCAACCAGACAAGUGAUGAGAAAAAAGAAAAAUAUCAAUUUGGCGAUUACUAGUUGAUCCAAUACCAAAUUCUCCAAAUUAACAUCACAAGAACUAUAGGCAGACAGUAAAGAGAAUUACUAAAUUACCAAAGGGUUAAGAAUUCAAUCAGUAAAUGUGACUUUGACAGACUUGUGUAGACAUACCAGUGUUUAGUAAUUUUUUUUCCCUUUUCUAAAUUGUAUGUAGUCAUCUAGACAGCAUUAUUUCAAUUCUCAUUCUAGAUGAUGUAACAGAGGAUGAAGAAAAUGAAGCAGAUGAGAAAAAGCGCCUUAUUAGUCAAGUACUUGAGCUUCAAAACACUCUUGAUGGUGAGUUUGAGUGCCAUGCAUACACAAAAAGUUUUUGUUGAGUCUUUCAAAUAAGGGACAUGCAAACUUCCACGAGGAGGAAAGAUCAGUUGGUCCUGUUAAGAGCCUUAGUGGGGUCCUUUAUAUCACUGUGGAAGAGGCAUGGUCCCACAUAAAUCAAAGGUGUUUAUUCAGCAUUCAAUUAAACUACUCUUUAAUACAGAUGAAGAAGAAGUAAAUUCCUAAGGAGCAAAAGAAAAGGACUUUUACAAAACUAUACUAACAUAUAAUAUAGGAAAAAUAAAUGCAAAGAUGCCAUGAGAUGAAAAAUUACCAAAUGCUGAGGGAAUAUAUUAGACAUGAACCACUUAUAGGAAAAAGUUUUACAAGGACACAAAUUAAAGUAAAUUAGUCAUUUAAAGUGUGGAAAUAAUUACUUGGAAAUGAUACAUGUAAAAACCAAAAGAAUUAGUGUUCAGCAAUAUAAGACCUAACUGCGAGAAAUUUAAAAAAAAUUACACAUUUGCCACAAAUUUUGCCCAAAUGCCCCUCUUCUUCCAGGAAUAUAUUAAAUAAAUUUGUACUUACAUGUUUGGAAGAACAGGGAACUUCUUUUAAGGUGAUGGGGAAUUAUAUUGGAAGUGGUCUUACUAACUAUAGUACUCAAGAAAUCCAAGGUUCAGAGGACUUUUUGUAUUGUCAUGGUUUUUUAAUUAUUGUUACCCAUGACAUCCUUUUAUUUUUCUAAUAUUUUUUUUCUUUUUGUUUCUCUGUUUCAAAAUAUGUGUAGGCUUUCCAUUCAUGACAAAAUAAAUAGUAAGAAUUGUUUGGGUUGACCGAAAUUAUGUAUGAUUUCUUGUGAAAAAUAUAAAGCACAAAUACCCUGAAAUAUUAUUUUGGCAAUGGAGAUUGAAGUUGGGUAAGGGUAAUUGUCACUGCCGCAAUAAUCCCAGGCUAGAGGGGAAGAUUCUGUUCUGUUCAGUUUCACAAGGUAGCUUUAGAUUGAAGUGACACGAUGCUUCUAGUUUUGGCUCGGUCAACAAGUUUUUUAAUAAUAAGUGAUUUGACUCAAAUAAACUUUAGAAGGUCAGUUCAAGAGAGAGUUUUGUCUAAUGACUUGCUAGCCAAAGGUUUUUGUGAUUAUUUGAAAAUGAUAUGGAAUUUUUGCAUUUCUUUUGGAAUUUUUUUCCAGAUUUAUCCCAGAGAGUAGAUGCUGUAAAGGAUGAAAACCUGAAGCUUAAAUCAGAAAACCAGGUAUGAGGCAAAUUGAUCUGUCAAAUAUCUAGAAAAGUAUGAUUCUGAAUUUGUUUUAUUUUUAUUGGACUUUUUAAAAUCUGUUUGUUUGCUUCUCAUCUCUAUUGUUGUUUUUGAAUCAUAAGGCAUUAUUCAUAAAGUCUUGUAACUACUUUCAGAGUGGCUGCCUAUGUAGGUUCUAUGAUGAUCCAUUUAAGAAAAGUCCUCUUUUCACCAUACAAACGUGUGUGACAUCAAGAGAACUUCUUAAUACUGACAAAAAAUAUAUUUGAUUAAUAUAUAAUAUGAAUUAUAAUCUGAAGAUUUGUGUUAAAUCAAAUUGUCACACAUCAUUUUUGUUUAUCAAACAAUUAAAUGUGUUUUGAUAGGGUUCUUGCAAGAUAUAUCUAAAAUCCUUCUCUGUUUUUUUUGUAUUUUCAAGGCCUUUCAAUCUAUUGACACAUGCAAGUCAGAAAAAAUUUAGUUCUGUUACAUGUUAUAUCUCAACAAUAUUUAAUAGGUACUUGGACAGUACAUUGAAAAUUUAAUGUCAGCCUCAAGUGUUUUUCAGCCGGCUAACCCUGACAGCAAGAAAAGGUAUUUUACAAGUGCAUUUUGUGUUUAUUCUAUCAAUAGAGAAGACCAGGAAUAUGAUUUAGCAAAUGAAUUGCUAGAAGAGACAGUUAAAGAGAUUAUUUUGAUAUGGCACACUUUUCUGGUGAAAGGUAUUUAAAAAAAUGAACUGAUUAAAGCUACAGUGUUGAAGUGAGGACAAUUUUGAACAGAAAUCAGUUAAAAAAAUUGAGAUAAGGUUUAGGUCUUAAACUGCAAGACCAGUUUCAUUUUAGUCAUAAAUAUGAAAUUAAAUGCAGAAAGAGAAAUGGAAUGCUGUCAAUUUGAUAUUAGGUUAAAUAAUAAACGUAUGGGAUUAUGUACAUGGAAAACAGUGAUCACUUGGUACAUUUAUAACAUAUUUAAUAAGUGUAUUUCUAUGCCAUUGUGAAGGCAAGUGUCUGUAAAAAUUUUUUGAAUUUAUUAGCAAGAAUUAAUGUAACCUUUUCUCCUUAGGCCGAACCCUUCCAAACCAGGGGUGAAGAAAGGAGACAAGACGAUAUAUUAAUGUUAACAAUUAAAGGAAGAAUUUCUUCGUGUUUAUCUGAUAUAUCAUUACCUAACUGCUAUGUUGUGAGCAUUUUUUUUCCUUGCCAUGGAUCCAAGACUCUAUGAGACUGAAGAAAUGAGACUUAAGCAUUUAACAGAGAUAGUAUUUAUAUAUGUUAUAGUAGUAUAAUUUGUCAACAAUAAUAAUUUUUUGUUGACUUAUUUCACCUUUGUUUGAGGACAGGGAGUCAUGGCAACAUUAAAAUGCAAAAUCAUUCCGCGAAUGAAGCUAUCUGGGCUAUAUUUUGUGUAUUUAGUACCUUAAUAUCAAUUGUUGUAUUAGAAGGGAUUGUUUCUUUUAUUUGUUUCUUUAAACACCAGUG